CCUGCUCGUUCUGGUUGUAUGGGAGUCUUCUCCGGCACUUGAUCCACGUUCUUCCCUUUUGAGAGAGAGAGGACAUCGAAGUGAAGGGACAGCUGGUGCUGUUUGGAGACGGGACUGGUCUUUCCACUCCCCCCCCUUCAGCCUAAAGUGCCAACAUUUGGGACUUCGGAGGAGGACUCCCUUUUGCCCGAAAGGUUCAAUGUUUACCAAAAAUAACAGAUCUCCAUUCUGAAUGAUAAUGCUGGACACCAACAACUGCCUGUCCUUUGAACUCUCCCCACCGGGCUCUCCUCCAAUGGGAGACGACGUGGACAUGGAGAAGGCAGGACUGAAGAUGGAUCAUGACCGACAUGUCUAUCACAGCUUGAAAGAAGGUGGGCGAUCGGGAUAUGCUCACAAGUUAACUGUCCUCCAGCUCAAACUCCAGCAGAGACGAACACGUGAGGAACUGGUCAGCCAAGGGAUCAUGCCACCACUGAAGAGCCCGGCAGCCUUUCACGAACAGCGGAGGCUUCUGGAGCGAGCAAGGACCGAGGACUAUCUGAAGAGGAAGAUUCGGUGUCGUCCUGAGCGCUCCGAGCUGAUCAGGAUGCACAUUCUGGAGGAGACAUUGGCAGAGCCGUCUCUGCAGGCCAAGCAACUGCAGCUGAAGAGAGCGCGACUGGCUGACAACCUCAAUGAUAAGAUCUCCCACAGACCUGGUCCCAUCGAACUGGUUCACAAGAACAUCCUGUCGGUCACCUGCUCUCUAGAGGACUCACUGCUGGAUUCUCCAAAAGGAGCCGGGGGAGAGAGCUCGUCUCUAGACGAAGACAGCAGUGAUGCUCUGUCGCCAGACCAGCUGACCAAUCACGACUCUCCCCUGAGUGCCAUCCCUCAGCUGUCCCCCCCUGAUGUACCCACCCAGAAUGGGGACAUUUCUCCCACACAGUUCUUCACACAGGCCCCUCCUCCGCCUCCUCCCCAGAUGAUUGCCCCUGCUCUGUCGCCGCCCCCAAAAUUGACAAAUGGAACAACGAUGAUUUCAGCAAGUCCCCGCUCCUCUUCGGGACAUGCCAAGGCCAGGAGCUCAGAUCGCCCUCCACAAAGAAGCAAGAAAUCAAAGGACAACAAACCCAAGGUGAAGAAGCUGAAGUACCACCAGUACAUCCCUCCCGACCAGAAGGCCGACAAGGAGCUCCCGCCGCCGAUGGACUCAUCCUACGCGAAGCUGCUCCACCAGCAGCAGCUCUUCCUGCAGCUGCAGAUCCUCAGCCAGCAACAGCAGCACUACAACUACCACACCAUCCUGCCCGCCCCUCCCAAGCCUCCAGCCGAGCAGUCCCCAGCAACCAACUCUGGACCUUCCCCCUCCCGCAGCGCUCCCUCCACGACCACCCCAGCCCCUACCAAUCAGAGCCGUCAGAGCCAAACUGCAGUAGGAGGAGCCAAACCCACUACUCUGCCUGCCAACUUGGACGAGUUCAAAGUUGCUGAGUUGAAACAGGAACUGAAAUUACGUGGUCUGACCGUCUCCGGAACGAAGAAUGAUCUCAUCGAGAGGCUCCGCAACUACCAGGAGCAAAAUGGUGGCAACGCAGCGGUUCUGAAAAAUGGAAAAUUGCAGCAGGGCGCCAACUCUGCUGCUGUCACCAGCAUAUCCUCUCCGACUACAUCCACAACUGCCCUUGACCACCAGUCAGGAGAGAACAUGUUUAAAUUAGCUUUGUCCUCAAUGGGUCAUGCGGUUCCUGGGAGAAUCAUGCGAUUUGGCAGCACCAGCUCCAGCCCGCCUAUGUCGCCUACUCCAUCUGAGAGGUCGUUGGCUGGGAUGAGUCCGGAUGAGACGAGCUGUAAUGGAGACAUGUUCGGGGAGAUGGUGAGCUCUCCUUUGACUCAACUCACCCUGCACCCAUCUCCUCAGCCCUCGUCAAGCAUCUCUCCACUGUCACAGCUCUCCCAGGUCAAAGAGGAGAUCCAGAGCCCGUGCAGUCACUCAACGUCUCCAGCCGCCUCGAGCCAGCGCCCAGAGUCCCUGCCAGGCGCAGCCAUGGACUCGUCUGCUGUGGAUAAGGACCAGAUGCUGCACGAGAAGGACAAACAGAUCGAGGAGUUGACCAGGAUGCUAAGGCAGAAGCAGAGGCUAGUGGAGACCCUCAGAUCCCAGCUGGAGCAGGGCAAGGUGACGGCUGGUGUAGUGGUGAAGAGGGAAGGAAGUGAGAAGAGCAAAACGGCCCCAGAGAUUAGACUUCCGACUCUAAUAAAAGCUUCGGCCAUUCAACCCCCGACUCUUCCUAACGGCACUGUGGUGAAUGUAAAGAGGGAGGUGGAGUCUGAGGAAGAAAUGGAGGGAGUAACAGAUGAGGCGCAGUUAAAGAAGCUGGCCCAGCCGAUGCAGUGCUCUCAGGAGACCCUGCUCAGGCUGCAGCAGAUUCAUCGGCUGCAGGCAGAACAGCAGAAACAGCAGCUACAACCCAAACAGCAGCAAAGUCAGGUACAACUGCAGAAAGUAGCAGAGGCUAAAUCAAACCCUCAAAAACAACAGCAGCAAAAGAAAGAAGCUCAAAUCCUGCUCCAGCAGCAGCAGCAGCUCCAGCAGCUCAUCAUCCAACAAACCCAACAGAAACAGCUGCUGGCCCAGCAGAAGUUAGCCCAGCAGAAACUGGCCCAGCAGAAACUCACACAACAGAAGCCGGUGCUGCUGAGCCAGCUCAAACAAUCCCCAGGGCCAGUUCAACAGAGCCAGCCGAAGAACCAAGUUCAGCUGAAGCAGGUUCAGGUGCAGAUCCAGAACCAGUCGGUGGCGAGCCAGAGGCCUGCAGCUACCCAAAUCCAGCAGAGGAAACAACUGAGGGCUCACCAGAGGCAGCAGCAGAAACAGCAGACGGCAGCUGCUGCCACACAACAGGUGACUCCAGUCUUCAUCAACCAACAGAACGGCACUCCGGUCCAAACUCAGGCCAUUUCAUUAGACGUCCUCAAGGCCAACGGCGCACCCACACUGGUCACCGAUAGCAACGGCAACCACUACCUGAUCGCUCUCACCAGUCCCUCCCAAGGCGGACAGAAUGGAGGGUCUCCAUUGGCCAAAAGCAACGGACGCAUCACACUGCAGAGAUUGCUGUCGACUCUGAAUAAACCCCCAAGCACUGAGAGCCAAUCAAAAGAGCAGGUGGAGGCCGAGCCUGUGAGCGAGCCAAUUAAAAAGGCACAGAAGGCGGGGCUUCACCUGGACACCAGUAGCGUCCCACAACCCUGUCACCAGUCGGUCACUGCUCCUCCCAGCCUGCAGCCUUUCUUCGACGACAUGUCAGAGAGCGAAAGCCAAAGCAGCCUGAUCUCAUCUCUUAAGGAGAACGGCAUGAACAGUCAGCAAAUGGACGACCUGUUCGAUAUCCUGCUGAAGAGUGGAGAAAUCCCCAGCUUCAAGUCCAACCCAGACCCUUCCCUCGCCCCUCUCCACUCAAACCCACCCUCCCCGUCCUCUCCCCAAUCUCCCCUCCACCUCUCCCCUCCAUCGCCAACAGACCCCCUCAUCUCCCCUCAGCCGUGCACUGGCAGCGGACGCCUGGAGGACUUCCUGGAGAGCACCACAGGUGCCCCUCUGCUGGGAGUGGAGCCCGACGGCGCCCUGACGCUGAUCGACGACCUCCACAGCCAAAUGCUGAGCACGCCCAGUAUCCUGGAUCACCCAUCGACCCCCAUGGACACGUCCGACCUGGGCUUCUCCCCCCACUCCACGGGGUUGGACUUUGGCGACCCCACCUUGGACAGCAUGGACUGGCUGGACAUCUCCAUGGUGGGGAGCGCCAGUGGAGGGAGCGGGGGCGGCAGGGGGGACAGUGGAGGAAGAGGAGACGGUGGAACGAGUCUGGCCCCGCUGGCGCCACACACUCCGCCGAGCGUCUUCUCGGCCGAUUUUCUGGACAGCACGGACCUGCAGCUUCACUGGGAGUCGUGUUUGUAGCUCACCACACAGAUGGACUCACACUUGCUCACACUGUGUAAAGGCUCUGUCUUCAUUUCAUGCACAUGCAGAAAUUUGUCUAUGCUGUCUCUACCACUGCAGGGGUCACUGGCACAUGCACUCACAUUUACACGCAUCUCUCUCACUGGCUGUUACUCUAUGCAGGCGAAAAAAGAAACAUAAAUGAAAUUCAUUUAGCCGACUUGAUCGUGGUGGGACUGAAGUGGACUUUUAGAAUUUUAAUUCUACUGGGAUUCAAACAGAAGACUGUUGUAUCCCAAAUUAUGUGUCCUGACCUGCAUUUCAACCGAGUUAAAGGGGCUAUGUGCAAGUUUGCUAUAGCUACAUAGCUAGCAUUAGCAUUAACAGCUGUUUACUCACCACUCCAGCCGAGAGCUUCAGCCAUCUUGUGUUUGCUCCCCGAGGAAGGUCGUCUUCUUCGGGGCAGACUGGACACAACAGUGACGAGGUGGGCCGGCUGGGCCGGGGCUAGCUGGUUAGCAUGCCAAUAUCGGUAGAAGAAAUAUAAAGAUGGAAACAGAAGCAAAACAUGAGAAUUGGCUUCGAAUGGAGAUAAAUAGAGGAAUGAACUGCUGUCUGGGUGAGGAAAACGCUGUUAAUGUAGCGAUAGCAAAUGUUUACAGUCGCCUCCUUUUUAAAGGGAACCAGUAGAAACUCUAGGUCACUGUAAUAAAGUCAAUUCAACCCUUGGAAACGGUUUGACAGACGAGAGCCGGCGCGAGCUGGCGAGCGACUGUCGGCGGAAUUCACUCGGUCUCCGCAGAGCGUGUGUCAGUGCCUCCAAAAUUUUGCACUUAUGCUGAAUCUGAUUGGUUCAAAGGGGGCGUUUGGGUCGGCAGCCAAAUCUUAGCACUGUGCGGUGAGGCUGAGCGAACACCGUCAUGUGUCACAUUGAUCAGCUGAGCCGCGGAUGGUGUCAGCCUGAACCCCCCCUCCACACUAGUACAAAAAAACGAAACAACCAUCAUUGGUUGAAAGUUGCUGUUGAGAUGAACCAUAUCAGUGGCAACGGUUUGAAUUGAAACCUCAUUGGAGGCUGCGUAUUAUUGGUAACAUUAUGGUAGACCACUAUGUAUUGCUGUAUAUGGGGUGUAUAUUAUCAAUUGUCCAUAUGACUAUUUUUCUUUGCUGGUUGCUUUAGAAUCGAGUUGGCCGGCUGGGGAACAUGGGGUGAGGUUUCCAAAAUAAUUGAACCUUGUCAUUUUUUUUAAAGAAAAAAAGGUAAAAAAAAUAAACAUAUUAUAAAAAGUC